GACGGGCGUGCGUUACAUAACAUUACAUUGCAUGCUGCAUUCUGCAUAGUGGUGGGGGAGAGAGAAAGAGACUAAAUACGUGGGUGGGGGCCUCGUGGUGGUGUUCAUCAUUCCCACUUUCGAUCGUGAAGUUGCUCUAUUUCCGAGCUACGCAGACCUCAAUCGACCUCCUUCAUUCAUUCACUUCUAAAGUGUACCAAGAACUAAUUAUCGCUGCUUUUCCAAAUUCUAAUUUUUUAACUAUAUCUCCUUUAAAAUAAUACAGCGCUGUAGUUCAAUUAAAUGCUUUUCUAGCUUUAGGGGAAGUAAGAAGGGUGGGGAGAUUGGGAAAGAGAGAGGUGGUGGUGGUGGCGGCGAGGGGCGGGGACGAAGGUGCUGAUUCAAAGGCUCUGAAGCAGAGAGAGAGAGAAGAUAGUGUUGUGUGUGGGAACAUUCUGAGAUAGGUUGGCCUCUUGUGUUUGUGUAGUUGUGGGGGCUGUCAAAGGUGAAGAGGAACAGCUCAUCUUUUUUGAAGGUGAUCUUUUCGGUUCGGUUGGGUGGUUUCUGUGAUAUGUGGGGCUCUGUGAAGAUAUAGUGCUAUUCAUGCACUGAACUUUAUGUUUGUUGGGGUGCCCCAUUUCAGAUCUCUCACCGUAUUGGGCCACCAUCCCUCUCCUCGCAAGUUUUCUGCUUGUAUUCCUCUCUUUGUCCUACAAUCCUCUGCUCUCUCAAAUAUUCCCCUCUGGUUCUAUGGCCUUAAUGGAGGGACAAAGCUGAAACGUGGCUAGCGAAGGAAUGUUGAUCAUAGGAUUUGGGGUUCUAAAUUCUAAAACUGUGUGGACCCGAAAAGGGUCUUGCUCAUGUCUUGACUCCGUUGGGAAUAACAAAGAAGGAAGGAAGAAGGCAGAUAUCUAGACUCACAAACAUAUAAUAUAUACAUACUAGGCGGUGGUGUCAGUCUUGAACAAGUGGGUGUGUCUCUGGUUUUGAGAAAUUUAUAUAGGUUCGAGGUACUCUGUUGGCAAUGUCCCCCUAACAUGACCAUAUUUGCCGGACUCAUUGGGUUGUGUUACCAAUUUAGUAAGCAAUCUCUUCUUUGAGUCCCUUCCAUUCCAAGCGAAAUAAAAUAUACACAGAAACCCCUUCCACCUCCUCUUACUGGCCUUGGCUUCUGGUAAAGAUUCGGUCAUACUAGGAAAUUAUUACUCCUAAUUCUAUUUGAUACAUCUUCCAUCUACUUGAAUUUUUCCGCCUUACUCAUAUUCCUUUGUUAUAUCCGUAAACUCGGGUUUGGGUUUCAUAGCGGAGAGUCGCUAUUUGGGUUACCGGUGGCGAUAGCUGAACGCCUGAACCUAGGGAUUGGAUCCAAUAGGGAAAACGGACCCACUUAUACUUCGCUUCAGCCAAGAUGAAGUUUAUGAAACUGGGAUCUAAGCCUGAUUCUUUCCAGACUGACGGCGAUAAUAUCAGUUUGUGUUGGUGGAACUGCACAAAAAAAAAAAAAAAGAGUUAUGGGGACGCACCCACAAAAUCAAUACAAAUAUGGACGGAAGCAGCUAUUGCUGUCGGAGAAUUAUUCGCAGUCGAAAUAUCUACAUAUUGAUACCACUGAAAUUUGACUUUUAUUACGCACUAGAUUGGCCAAUUAUCUUAUUCUUCGAAUAGAUAACUUGAAGAUGCUCUGGACCCGAAUUAUCAUGUUUUUAACAUCUACUUCCUGAUUUUCUGUUCUACUCCACAGUAAAUGAUUUGCUCAAUUGUAUUUAGUAUAAUGACAGGGUUGGUUCCCUUUUACUUUUCUUUCAAGGGUAUGUGGCAACUGAGUUGGCAAGUGACAUAGUCAUUAAUGUUGGAGAUGUAAAGUUUUAUCUCCAUAAGUUUCCUCUUUUGUCCAAAAGUGCACGCAUGCAAAAGCUGGUUGCAAACACCAACGAGGCCAACAAUGAUGAAGUCAACAUCCAUGACAUUCCUGGAGGUCCUGCUGCUUUUGAAAUAUGUGCGAAGUUCUGUUAUGGUAUGACAGUCACUCUCAAUGCAUACAAUGUCGUCGCAGCUCGUUGUGCAGCAGAAUAUCUUGAAAUGUAUGAAACUGUUGAAAAAGGUAACCUUAUCUACAAGAUUGAAGUUUUCCUCAGCUCAAGCAUUUUCAGGAGCUGGAAGGACUCAAUUAUUGUUCUACAAACCUCCAAGUCUCUCCUUCCAUGGUCUGAGGAACUUAAGGUAGUAAGCCACUGCCUUGACUCAAUAGCUAACAAGGCUUUAAUGGAUCCAUCUAAAGUGGAGUGGUCAUACACAUAUAACAGAAAAAAGCUCCCACAUGAAAAUGGUAAUGAUCCUCACUGGAAUGGUGUGAGGAAGCAGCAGAUGGUUCCAAAGGACUGGUGGGUGGAAGACCUCUGUGAACUCCAACUUGAUCUCUAUAAGCGUGUCAUAACUACAAUCAUAACUAAAGGCAAUGUUUCCAGUGCCGUGAUUGGAGAAGCUUUGAGUGCUUAUGUUUCAAGAAGGCUGCCGGGUUUUAAUAAGGGUGUGAUCCAGGGUGGUGAUGUCAUGAAGUAUAGAUUAGUGUUGGAGACAAUUAUUCAGCUACUACCUGUGGAGACACGCAGUAUCUCCUGCAGUUUCUUGUUGAAGUUACUGAGAGCAGCUAUUCUUUUGGAAUGUGAUGAGUUGGAAAGAAUGGAAUUGAUGGGGAGAAUAGGCCCGCAUCUUGAUGAGGCUACAGUGGCUGAUCUUUUGUUUCGGGCGCCAGCUGAUGAGACAACUAUGUUUGAUGUUGAUACAGUGCAAAGGCUAGUCGAAGAGUUUGUGGCAUGUGAACGAAAUGCAGAGUCUGAUUCUCUGAUGGAAGAUGAACUGCAGGAGAUCAGAAGGCCCAGGAUAAUAUCAGAGGCAUCUAAGGUUAAGGUAGCAAAACUGGUGGAUGGCUACCUAGCUGAGAUUGCUCGUGAUCCAAACUUACCUGUUUCAAAAUUUCUUAAUCUUGCUGAGCUGGUAUCGGCUUUCCCAAUACCAUGUCAUGAUGACCUUUAUCGUGCUAUCGACAUGUAUUUAAAGGAACAUCCCGGAAUCAGUAAGAGCGAUGCGAAAAGAAUAUGUAGAUUGAUGGAUUGCAGGAAGUUAUCUGCAGAAGCCUGCAUGCAUGCAGUGCAGAAUGAGAGGCUUCCCUUGCGUGUUGUCGUGCAGGUCCUCUUUUUCGAGCAGCUGAGAGCUUCAACAUCAUCGUCAGGGCAGAACACUCCUGAUCUGCCAGGGUCAGUUAGGGCCUUGCUUCCUGGAGGAUCUCACGGCAGCUCAAGGUCUACUACAACCAAUACUGAAGAUGAAUGGGAUGGCACGGCAGAAGAAAUGAAAGCUCUCAAAGGAGACCUUGCUACAAUGAAGCUACCAAGAGGAGACAGCGGACGAGGUAGUGAUAUAAACAGCAACGAUAGUGGUAAAUGCAAUGGUGAAAAAGUUGCUGCAGGCAAAACAAAAGGUUUCCGUAUAUCAAAGAAAAUAUUUUCGAAGAUUUGGUCAAGCAAAGAAGGAAAUGGCGAGAUCACUAGCUCUGAUACUUCUGAAAGCCCUGCUUCUACUGUUGUUGAGGAAACAAAGUCCACCCCAUCCAGAAGUAGGAGGCACUCUGUAUCUUAAAAUUGCUUGGUAUUGGAUCAUUUGUAUAAUCUUACUCAACGGUAGCUAUAGGAGCUAGGGCUUACUGACAUCUUGCACUUGAUUCGUCAAUGGAAGACUUGGAAAGUAUGAAGCACCAGGAAACGUAGUUUCCGUGUUGAAUGUGUCUGUAUAAUUUUCCCAGAGAUGCAUUUUUCGAUUAGCCAAUGUUGUCGUCGUUUGUCUUUGUUGGAAUAGAGAAGGGCUAAUAACACUGACCCGGUUUUGUUGUACCAUAAUGAAAAGGAAUGUCAUUAUUGCUUUGUA